CUCGGCCAAUUCCACUAACCUUCAUUUAGCUUUACAUCUUUACAUGUAAACCCUAAUCCUAAUCCCAGCCCAAAAUUCUGGAGUAAAUCUAUUUUCACUCCACCAUGAACUUGCAUAAGAAAAAGGAGAAACUGCCCAUCCCCCUUACUAGUACCACAGCCAAUAGUAUGCAGCAGCCCAAAGAGACUUGCACUAACCUUAACUGUUUCUUCUGCCUUAUGAAGGAACCUGAGUCCUCAAUAAGGAGAGAAGGACUUGCAAACUGUUUCAAGGAAAUGCCUUUCACCAACGACCAUGAACACGUUUUGGUCCUAAGCGGAUUAUGGAACAUCGCCAUGACUCAACCGGAUGAUCCAGAGUUUCCAUCUCUCGGCAUCUUUAAUUGCAUGGCCAGUCUAAUCCACAGGGGUCUCAUCGACAGAGAUUGGCUUCUUAGGGACCAAAACCUAUAUAUUCCCUAUUAUGCAGCUCAUGUUAUAGGCUCCUACACCAUGAACAAGGUUGAGUUUGCCGAAAAAGCAGUGGACUCAGGAGUGAUCCCUCCACUGAUGGAGCUUUUCAGAGGAAAAAUGAGUUGGGUUGAGCAAAGGGUUGCAGUUAGAGCCCUUGGACACUUGGCAAGCUACGAAAGCACGUUUGAGUCUGUGGCAAAGUAUGAAGAAGAGUUGGUCAACUUAGCCAUGAAUUUGGCCUCCAACUGUCUUGAAGUGGUAUAUGUUAAUUAUGUAGGUGUGAAGGAUAAGAGCAAGAGGUUGAAUUACCACUGUGAUUUGCUUACUAGAGGGGUUGGAGGAAUGGAAAUGGAGAACCGAAAGGCUGAGGAAUGGGCUAGCCAAAUCCAGUGCUGGUCUCUCUAUCUUCUCAACUGCUUUGCCAUUAAAGAGAGAUCCAUAAAUCUCAUGUCUGAGAAAGAGUUCCUUGAGGACUUGUGUGGAAUGUGGGGUGGGUUGGUGAAUCACAGCUCAGCCGCGGGGGUUGGACUCAUUAGAAUCUUGUGUUACACUGAAGUUGGAAGAAAAAGAAUUUCAGAAUCACCAGAAGUCAUAGAGAAACUCUGUAAUCUCUCUAGAUCUUCAGAUGAUUGGCAGUAUAUGGGGAUUGAUUGUCUUCGGUUACUUCUAAAUGAUGCGGAUACAAGAAACAAAGUCAUCCAUACUGCCACUUUGUGUCUUGCGGACUUGAUUGAGAUUCGGACACUCGGAGGAAAAACAAACAUUGGUGAAGCGAUUGCAAAGGCACUGCUCACGGAUUUCAGACAAACAAAAUCGAAAAUUGUGGACAGUAGAGUUGAGAGAGCACUAGAAGAAAUAUGGGAUAUGAAGGUGGAGAGGAGAAGGAAAGAGAAGAGGUUGUCUAGUGAGAACGUUGAGGAGAAAAGGGUUUUGGUUAGCCUGAUAAAACAGCAAGGGAACCAUAGCUUUUCGGUAGGAGAAAUCGAAGAGGCUUUGUUGAAGUAUACAGAAGGUUUAGAGUUGUGUCCAAUGAGGUUGAGAAAAGAUAGAAUUGUUUUGUACAGUAAUAGAGCUCAGUGUCAUUUGCUGCUUAAUGAUCCUGAUUCUGCCAUUAGCGACACAACAAGAGCUCUUUCCCUUUCUACCCCUGUCAACUCUCAUAGUAAAAGCCUGUGGAGAAGAUCUCAGGCUUAUGACAUGAAAGGGUUGGCCAAAGAAAGCUUAAUGGACUGCUUAAUGUUCGUAAACAGAUUCAUAGGUUCAGAAACAACAAAGCAUGUUAAAAUCCCAUACUACGCGGCACGCAUGAUUACCAAGCAGAUGGAAAUUUCAUGGCUUUUUGCCAUCGCACAAUCAAAGACAGCAAGCGAUCACAUGGAUAAAGCAAAACAAGCAGACGGUGAUAAUGAGGCUAGCAGCAACGAGGAUUCAAACUUUGAAAUGUUGAGAAUGAUGACAAAGAACAAGGCUUUCGCGACAGGUUUGUCAACCAUUGUAGAAGAACCUUUGAUCAGAAAGAGUGGAAGUGGCAGGGGAAAGUUGGAAAGAUCCAAGGAAAGAAAGAAUGCUGCCUUGGCUGUAUCACAGUAAGUCAAAAAUGAAGUUUUAGUAACAAAUUCUAGUUGCAGCUUCGAUUAGAGUAGUUUAGUACAGCCAAUUCAUGCUUGCUUUUUGGCUGUUCAUGUGAUGGGCAAGUUUUGAUCCUAUGGUAGACUCUUCGAAAUGUAUGAAGUGUCAGGUGUUGUUGGACACCCAACACUUCAGUACAUGUUUGGGAUGUAUCUAGCAUUUUUAGUUAUCGUUUCGUCUCUACUGCAGAACGAUGCAUAAAAACUCUUAUACUAUGCAUGAAAUGAUCUUUAGCACCUGGUAAAUUCAUUUUACCAUAAAAAGUAGGAAACCAUUCAGA